UCUUUCUCCCUUGUCCCAUUCCUCUCCCCCAUAACAAUUUUGCCUAUAAAAAAUGGCUUGUGGUGAUGAUAACAAACUGAGUCUUGAUUCGAUAAGGGAUAGUUUAAUCAGACAAGAAGACACCAUCAUUUUCAACCUUAUUGAAAGGAUUAAAUACCCAACAAAUCCACCUUGUACAAAACAACCUUGUUCUUUCAAUAUUCCUGGUUUUUCAGGGUCCUUGUUUCAGUACUUGUUUCAAGAAACAGAAGCUCUUCAAUCUAAGGUUGGUAGGUACCUGUCCCCAGAGGAAAAUCCGUUCUUCCCAGAUAAUUUGCCUGACUCAAUCAUACCACCUACCAAAUGCACACCAGUUUUGCAUCCUGCAGCAGAGUCAGUAAAUGUAAAUGAGAAGAUAUUGGAUGUUUAUAUAAACAAGAUGCUUCCUCUAUUCUGUAAAGAGGCUGAUGAAGGAAACUUUGCAACUACUGCUGCCUGUGAUAUUCAGUUAUUGCAGGCACUCUCAAGAAGGAUUCAUUACGGGAAAUUUGUUGCAGAGGUUAAAUUCAGGGAUAGCACUGAUGAUUAUAAACCAUUUAUUCUUGCUAAGGAUGGGGAUGCUCUAAUGAAGCUAUUGACAUUUGAAGCUGUUGAAGAGAUGGUAAAGAAGAGGGUAGCAAAGAAAGCCAAGGUGUUUAGUCAAGAAGUGACCUUAAUUGAUAGUGCUGAAGAAGUGAAGUGCAAGGUUGAUCCAUCACUAGUUUCGCGCUUGUAUGAGGAAUGGAUAAUGCCUUUGACUAAACUUGUCGAAGUUGAGUACCUCCUACGGCGUCUUGAUUAGAACAAUAAAAUCUCCUUCUAUCGUCAUUGUUGUUAUAAUUCUUUUAUCAUCAUAGUCUUUGUAUUGUUGUUAGAUUGAUGUUGAAGAUGAUUCACAUUAACCUAUUUUAAGGAAAGAGAAAUUUAUCAUUCUUUGCUAGAACAGUUUAACAAGAAACGUGUAUGACAUAAAUUAAGAUUGAGAAAAUAACUCACAUUUAUAACAAGAAGAUUUUCGAUUUGCUUA